CGUGAAAUGUUUUCCAAAUAUAUUAUCCUAGUCGUUCACGUCGCGACUGUUGCGUUCUGUGCCAAUAUUUUGGCAAUUAUACCGACCCCAUCGUACAGUCAUCAAAAAGCUUACUACGAUUUCUGGAAUCAAUUGUCUCUAAGAGGUCAUAAAGUGACUGUGAUUACAUCAGAUCCACAAAAGAAUGAAACUCUGACCAAUCUAACAGAAAUCGAUAUAAACUGGGCUUACAAAUUCUUUGCAGACAUAAGUGAUCUGGCCGAAAACUCUUUGACCAUGUGGAGUUUUCAUAAAUGGGCUCAUGAUAUGUCAUACAAUAUAUCAGAAGCAUUAUUAUCACAACAACAAAUUCAAGAUUUUUUACAUAACAAGCAGAAGCAUUUUGACGUACUUCUUGUGGAAUUUUUCUAUGUUGAGCUCUUGGUUCUUGCAGAAAAAUACAACUGUCCCACAAUUCUAUUCAGUACCAUGGAUGUAUUUGUAGUGACUCAUGAGAGAAUAGGAAAUCCCACGUCUCCAGCAUUAUAUCCUGAUGAAGGAUCGUCCUUCUAUGCCCCGCUUAGUUUUUCAGAAAGGAUAGCAAGUAUGAUUUAUUACUUGCACACUAUACUGUUCUAUGAAUAUAUUAGCCAUCCUAUUAGAGAAAAACUAUUACACAUGUUUUUCAACACUACUUCCACGAUCAAUAAAUUAAUAGACAACAUCGACAUGGUGUUUAUUAACGCCAAUCCAGUUAUACAGCAUCCUAGAGCGGUUGGACCCACGACGAUUUAUACCGGCAGUUUAAACUAUAAAUUUGCUACAGCCUUGCCAAAGGAUUUAAAACAUUUCCUGGACAAUGCCACCAACGGCUUUAUCUAUUUUAGUUUAGGAAGUAACGUUAAAAGUAAAGACCUUAAAGCAGAAUCUUUAAAGGCCAUUGUUGAAACUCUAAGGGAGUUGCCAUAUAAGGUGAUGUGGAAAUUUGAAGCUGAUCCAGAAGACAUGGUUGGUAAACCAGAUAAUGUGAAGCUAGUGAAAUGGGCACCACAACUCGGAGUACUGGCUCAUCCACACUUAAAAUUAUUCGUAACCCAGGGAGGCCUGCAGUCAAUGGACGAGGCAAUUUUUAAUGAAGUUCCGUGUGUCGUAAUACCGUUCUUUGCUGAUCAAUAUCAAAAUGCCAAAUUAAUGAAAAAUAAGGGCUUUGCUGAAAUUGUUGAGAGGUCCCCGUACAUAAAGCAAGGCGAACUUACAAAUGCAAUUAUGAAAGUCAUCAACAAUUACUCCAAAUACAAAAAUUCAGUGCGCACUCUUAAGCAACUCUCAUUAGAUACUCCAAUGACUGGUCUGGAGAAGGCAAUAUGGUGGACGGAAUACGUCAUCAGGAAUAAGGGUGCUAAGCAUUUAAGGAAUCCUGCAGCAGAUUUACCCCUCUAUCAGUAUUAUCUAUUGGAUGUUAUUUGUUUCCUUCUGUCAAUUACGAUAUUUACGUUAUUAGUGAUUUAUAUUGUACUUAAGAAAUUGUUGAAUUUACUGAAAGUACGUUUCUCUACUAAGCUAGAUUUAGUCGACAAAAAAUCACAAUAGAUAUAAACUUUAGGUUCCUUAUUUUAGUAGCAGUAGCUUCACUAUCAAUAUUUCUUGUUAUAUUAAAGAAGAUUUUUAAAUUGUUUUAGAGUUCAACUGUUUCAUAAAUUUGAUUGAAUUAACAAAACAUUAGAAUAAACUGAGUUUUAAUAAAUGUUAAAAAAUUUACGUUUUAAGUUGAAUUGAUUUUAUAUACCCAAUGGAUGAUACGACCAUUGGUAUAAUCUCUAUGGUUACA